AUGUUGGACAUCGAAGAAGAAGAAGAAGAAGAAGAAGAAGAAGUGCAAUGUCCUCCUUUGGCCGACCUCUUUGUCGAUGUUGAUCCGCUACAGAGUUAUCAGACUUCGUUGCCGACAGUUAAUCACGAAUUCAUUACGCCUAUGCUUCACGAUCUUGCUCUACCGGAACUCUUGGGAGCACAUUGGAACCCGUUGUUGUUCUACAGCGGUGCUAGCAAUCGUGAUGGCCCAUUGACGGCGGUUGAUGACUCCAUAUUUGCUAGCCAUGAUCUCGCGCCAUUUGAGAAUAGUCUGGAUCAGCCUAUAUCUCAGUUUCCCGAUGAUGGCUAUGCUUGUUUCGCCGAUGACUUCGACACCAUCAAUUUCACAUACGGAAACAUAUCACCAAGCAACCAACAGCUCAAUGGCACCAAUCUUUUCACCGAGGCCUGGCUCCAAAAUAGUGCUUGGACGGAGUGGAACAAGAAUGCUCCGUUCACAAGAAUCGACUCUGUGGCUACAUCCGAUGUCCUCAGAACAGCUGCGCCACAAAGAUAUCGUUUUGACGAAGGCCAAAUUACGAAGCUUCAAAAUUGGCUGUCAGAAAACUUGUCUAAUCCUUUUCCAGAUGCCAAUGCAAAAGCACAUCUGAGCCAGGUUACUGGCCUUUCUGUUCGUCAAAUAGAGAGGUGGUUUGCAAGAACCAGGCAGAGGAAGCUUCAGCGGAAUUCUGCAGCAACCGCAUUCAUCGCUCUGACAUCGGAAGAUCAACAUGGCGAGGCACCAAGGCCACAAAGUUCAGGUGAAGAUAUCGCAUCUCCGAAAGACUCGCCUACUGCCGUUCAGUAUCGCCAUCUCUGUGAGACUUUCAACCGCUCAAGAUCUCUCUACCCGAAUCAGUGGUCACGGAGAUCCAGAGCGACCCGAGCUCGGUCUGACAUUGAACGAAAGCUCACUAUCACUCGUCUCAGGGCCCAAAGUUGUCCACCUCGCAUUGAACUCUCAUUAAAAAAGCCCCAGAACGCUGCGGUGUCCCUCACUCCAAGUGGCUGUUGCGAGCCCCCCACAUGA